GCCGGACUGCUGUUGAUGUUCGCCUGGGCGGUGCACGCCGUCGGGGUGGCCAAGAGCGCCGUCCUGGCCUACCUGCUCUCCCUCAUGGCGCUACAGCUCCUCUGGAUGGUUUGGUACCUCUGCCGCCGCUGUGCGCACAAGAGGCUCAUCCAGGACAAGGACACCCAGGCCGGGGCCCGCUGGCUCAAAUGUGGAAUUACUUUAUUUGCAAUCAUUACUUUAAUUAUGGAUUCUUUCAAAAUUGGAUACUUCAUUGGAUUUUCAAGUUGCUUAUCAAUUACAGAAGGCAUUUUUCCAGUUGCACAUGCAGUUCAUACACUAUUGCAGGUAUAUUUUUUAUGGUGCCACGCAAAGGAUGUUAUCCAGUCCUUCAAAACACUGGAGAGGUUUGGAGUAAUUCAUUCAGUGUUUACAAAUUUGCUUUUGUGGACAAAUGGUAUAUUAGCUGAAUCAAAGCAUCAACUUAAUGAACACAAGGAAAGGUUAAUUACUCUUGGAUUUGGAAACAUAUCAAUAGAACUGGAUGACCAUACACCACUUUGCAACUGUACCUCCACCACCCUCUGUUCCAUAUUUUCCCAAGGAAUAUAUUAUUUAUACCCCUUCAAUACUGAGUAUCACAUUUUAGCAUCCACAAUGCUGUACGUGGUCUGGAAAAACAUUGGGCGUAAAGUUGAAUACCUACAGCCACAUAAGAGGCCAUUCAAGUUUCAGGGCACAGCAAUAGGCAGCACCUUAGGUCUAGUAGUAUUUAUUACAACAAUAGCCGUUGUAGUUGUUUAUCUUAUUCAGAUUGGGCGUUCAAAAUUGAAGAGUGAACUAGCACUUAUUAUGUUUUACUUGUAUGCCAUCACAGUACUGGCACUUAUGUGUGCAGCAGGCGUUGUGGCGAUUCUAAUCUAUAGACUUGAAGAUAAUUCACUGGAUAUUUCUAAAAACCCAGCUAGAAAACUUGAUGCGGACCUCUUGGUGGGGACAGCCUCAGGCUCCUGGCUUCUUUCUUGGGGUUCUAUUCUUGCAAUUAUUUGUGCUCAGUCCCACCCAGCAUAUACUUGGUUCAGUUUGCCCUACUCUGUGCUUGUUAUCGUUGAGAAAUAUAUUCAGAAUCUCUUCAUAAUUGAAUCUAUACAUCGUGAGCAUGGGAAGAAUAAUUAUGACAUUAAAACUCUGCGAAUAUUAACAGUGUCCAGUGGAAGCAAUCUCUCCCCUACAGCUUCUUACAAAGAAAUCUAUAAUGGAACAAAUGGAAAGUUGUCCCCCACAUUUUAUGGAAAUAGUUAUCCAUCUGAGAACAGUUCCAGUUGUGCUUUCCGUGAAAACAUCAAUCAAAACAAGAUUCCAGUCCCUCCAUCCUCUCCGGAUUUUUCAUUCACUUGGAGAAAGUUCUCUGUCAACAGCAAAAGAAGCAUCUUGAAGAAUGUCGCUGUAUUUUUGUUCUUGUCUAACCUCUCACUUUGGAUUCCACAAGCUUUCGGUUGCCGCCCUGAAUAUGACAAUGGCCUGGAAGAAAUGGUUUUUGGAUUUGAACCUUGGAUCAUUGUGGUGAAUCUUGCAAUGCCCUUUUCCAUUUUCUACCGGAUGCAUUCAGCAGCCUCCCUCUUUGAGGUUAGCUGCAAAAUGUAA